CACUUAUUAUAUAUUGAUUGGCAUUCUCAUUGUACUAACAGAGCCAGGUCAAGCAAACUGCAUGACAAAGUUCAUUGGCAAAAUUCUCUUGAGCAUAUAGCCAAAAAUAUAAUGGCCAAAAUAGCCUUGGGAACCACCCGAGAGGCUGCUCAGCCUGACUGCAUUAGAGCACUCAUCGUUGAGUUCAUCGUCACCUUCCUCUUCGUCUUUGCCGGCGUCGGAACCGCCAUCACUGCCGAUAAACUAGGGGGUGGUGCACUAGUGGGACUAUUUGCUGUGGCCGUGGCACACGCGCUGGUGGUGGCCGUGACGAUAUCCGCUGGCCACAUUUCUGGUGGUCAUCUCAACCCUGCUGUCACUAUUGGCCUCCUCGCCGGUGGACACAUCACCGUCUUCCGGUCUCUGCUCUAUUGGAUCGAUCAAUUGUUGGCAUCUUCAUUGGCUUGUUUUCUUUUACAGUACCUUACUGGAGGAUUAAGUACUCCAAUUCAUUCGCUGGCAAGUGGCGUAGGCUACUUCCAAGGAGUGAUAUGGGAGAUCAUCCUCACAUUUUCCUUGCUCUUCACCGUCUACGCUACUAUGGUGGACCCCAAGAGGGGAGCUCUUGAUGGGCUGGGCCCAAUGCUUACCGGAUUCGUCGUCGGAGCCAACAUUCUUGCCGGCGGUUCCUUCUCCGGGGCAUCAAUGAACCCAGCAAGGUCGUUUGGGCCGGCUUUGGUGAGCUGGGACUGGACCGACCACUGGGUUUACUGGGUUGGGCCCCUGAUCGGUGGUGGGCUUGCUGGGUUCAUCUAUGAAAAUUUCUUCAUCAUCAGAUCUCACGUUCGUAUUCCCACUCAUGAUCAGGAAGAUCAAUCUUAUUAAUUUUCACGGCUUUGAAUUAACAAGUUGAAGUUGAAGUACUGUUUUUAUUAAUGUUUUAUUAUUCUACGUGUUUUCUUUCCACUAGGCUGGGCUCCAACCCACCACCGUGAAAUAUUCGGGUCCGUCUUUUUUUUUUUUUUUUUUUUUUUUUUUUUUUUUUUUUUUUUUUUUCUCGUACGCACGUAGGUGCAUGUAUCCAGCUAGACCUAGUCGCUUUAAGACAGUUUAAUUUCAAUAAAAUAUUAUUUCUUUUCCGGAAA